GGCCAGCCCCUCCCACCCUAGGCCCCCCACCUUAGGGGCAGCAGGCCCCUGGUCAGACGCGGCCUUGAGUAUGGGCAGUCAUAGGAGCGCCCAUGCGGAUGCAUGCGCAUCCAUGGAGGGCCACCUGAGCAAGGAGCCAUCUCUGCUCGUCUUCUCCGGUACCCUCCCGCUGCUCCCGCUGCCUCGCCUGCCCCCGUCGCCUGCCGCCACCCCUGCCGCUCUACAUGCUGACGUGCACCUCUCUCUCUCUCUGUGGUGCCGGUGCCGGCCUUGUGCCCCUGUGCGUGCAUGGUGCGGCACGGCAGGAGGCACGGCGUUCAACGCAGUGGCGGAGGCGCUACACGAGUGGACCACCACUGUGGCGCACGUGCUGCCCGUCUCUGAUGAUGGCGGCAGCACCGCAGUGAUUGUGCGCGUCAUAGGUUCGCCUCCUGGCACUUCCACUACCAGGUUCGCCUCCUGCACUUCCACUACCAGUGUGGGCAACUUCUUCUUCUCAGGCGCGCGCGCCUUCUUCCGCUCGCUGGACGCCGCCAUCUUCCUCUUCUCGCGCGUCUCCAACAUCCCGCAGCGCAGCCUCGUGCUGCCCUGUGUCUCAUUGCAUGGCCAUCCCCUUUCAGUGAUUACCAUACGGCCCAUUUCUCCUUCCACUCACUCCAGUGACCUGUCCCAAUUUUCAUCUAAUCCCAAUAUCCCUCCCCUAUGUCUUUGUGCGUGCGACCCGCCCUUCCCGUAUGCGUGUUGGCGCACCACAUGGUGUGUUGGCGCACCACAUGGUGUGGUGGCGCACCACAUGGUGUGGUGGCGCACCACAUGGUGUGUUGGCGCACCACAUGGUGUGUUGGCGCACCACAUGGUGUGUUGGCGCACCACAUGGUGUCUUGGCGCACCACAUGGUGUGUUGGCGCACCACAUGGUGUGUUGGCGCACCACAUGGCGUGUUGGCGCACCACAUGGUGUGGUGGCGCACCACAUGGUGUGUUGGCGCACCACAUGGUGUGUUGGCGCACCACAUGGUGUGUUGGCGCACCACAUGGUGUGUUGGCGCACCACAUGGUGUGGUGGCGCACCACAUGGUGUGGUGGCGCACCACAUGGUGUGGUGGCGCACCACAUGGUGUGGUGGCGCACCACAUGGUGUGGUGGCGCACCACAUGGACUGCACCAUCAUCCGCGGGCAGAACGACAUCUCACACCCCGCUGUCGUGGACAGCCCACGCCACCUGCCGCUCACCGUUGACAAGGUCACACUGCACUGCUCCCACCGCCUUGUUGCUGCAAUGCCGCCUCUGCAUGCCUCGACGGCCCUCUCACACCCACACACGUCCACCACCCAGGUUGAUGGAGUGUGCUCACGUGUGCUCCUCCUGCUGCCUGUCUUCCUCUCCCAUUUCCUACCCCCAUUCUCUCUGCAGUCGUCUGACGCGUCACCUCCUCUGCCCGCACCAUCCGCCGUGUGUUCUACAUGUCGAGUGAAGGCACCAACCUGCUGCAUGAGGUGCGUGUCGAGUGAAGGCACCAACCUGCUGCAUGAGCGCUCGUUCCGAGCGUUUUUCUUCCGCCGGGUCACGCAGCUGUGCUUGUCUGGUCCUAUUACCAAGCCAGCAAGGGCAUGGGAGGGUUACGCGGUCGCGGACGUGGACGCGGUCGUGGACGCGGUCGUGGACGUGGACGCGGACUUGGACGCGUUCGUGGACGUGGACGUGGACGGGGACACGGUCGUGGACGUGGACGUGGACGUGGUCGUGGACGUGGACGUGGACGGGGACGUGGACGUGGACCUGGACGUGGACGUGGACCUGGACGUGGACGUGGUCGGGGACGUGGACGUGGACCUGGACGUGGGCGUGGACGUGGAGGACGUGGACGUGGACGCGGACGCGGACGCGUGGACGUGGGCGUGGACGUGGACGGACGCGGUCGUGGACGUGGACGUGGACGUGGACGCGGACGUGGACGCGGACGUGGACGUGGACGAGGACGCGGUCGUGGACGUGGACGCGGGCGUGGACGUGGACGCGGGCGUGGACGUGGACGCGGCGUGGACGUGGGCGUGGACGUGGACGGACGCAGUCGUGGACGUGGACGUGGACGCGGACGCGGACGUGGACGCGGACGUGGACGUGGACGAGGACGUGGUCGUGGACGUGGACGUGGACGUGGUCGUGGACGUGGUCGUGGACGUGGAUGCGGUCGUGGACGUGGUCGCGGUCGCGGACGCGGACGUGGUCGCGGUCGCGGACGCGGACGCGGUCGCGGACGUGGACGCGGACGUGGUCGCGGAAGUGGACGCGGACGUGGACGCGGACGUGGACCCGGACGUGGACGCGGUCGCGGACGCGGUCGUGGACGCGGUCGCGGACGCGGUCGUGGACGCGGACGGGGACGCGGACGUGGACGCGGACGUGGACGCGGACGUGGACGCGGACGUGGACGCGGACGUGGACGCGGACGUGGACCCGGACGUGGACCUGGACGUGGACGCGGACGUGGACGUGGACGCGGACGCGGACGCGGUCGUGGACGCGGUCGUGGUCGCGGUCGUGGACGUGGACGCGGACUUGGACGCGGUCGUGGACGUGGACGCGGACGUGGACGCGGUCGUGGACGUGGAUACGGACGUGGACGUGGACGUGGACGUGGACCUGGACGUGGACGCGGUCGUGGACGCGGUCGUGGACGCGGACGCGGACGCGGACGCGGACGUGGUCGCGGACGUGGACGUCGUGGACGUGGACGUGGUGGACGUGGACGUCGAGGACGUGGUCGUGGACGUGGACGCAGUGGACGUGGACGCGGACGUGGACGUGGACGUGGACGGGGACGGGGACGCGGACGCGGACGUGGUCGGGGACGGGGACGCGGACGCGGACGCGGACGCGGACGUGGUCGUGGACGCGGACGCGGACGCGGACGCGGACGCGGACGUGGUCGUGGACGCGGACGCGGGCGCGGACGUGGACGGUCGCGGACGCGGACGCGGGCGCGGACGUGGACGGACGCGGUCGUGGACGCGGGCGCGGGCGUGGACGGACGCGGUCGUGGACGUGGACGUGGGCGUGGACGUGGACGUGGUGGUGGACGUGGACGUGGUGGACGUGGACGUGGACGUGGUGGACGUGGACGUGGACGUUGAUGCGGACGUGGACGUGGACGAGGACGUGGACGUGAACGCGGACAUGGUCGUGGACGUGGAUGCGGACGUGGACGUGGACGUCGUGGACGCGGACGUGGACGCGGACGUGGACGUGGACGUGGUGGACGUGGACGUGGACGUUGAUGCGGACGUGGACGUGGACGAGGACGUGGACGUGAACGCGACAUGGUCGUGGACGGACGCGGUCGUGGACGUGGACGUGGGCGUGGACAUGGAUCCGGUCGUGGUGGUCAUGGACGUGGACGUGGACGGGGUGGUGGACGUGGACGUGGACGUGGACCUCGACGUGGACGCGGACGUGGACGUGGACGUGGUCGUGGACGUGGACGACGUGGACGUGGACGUGGUGGACCUGGACGUGGACGUGGACGCGGUCGUGGACGCGGUCGUGGACGUGGACGCGGACGCGGACGCGGACGUGGACGCGGACGCGGACGCGGUCGUGGACGUGGACGCGGACGCGGACGCGGUCGUGGACGUGGACGCGGUCGUCGACGCGGUCGUGGACGUGGACGUGGACGUGGACGGGGACGCGGUCGUGGACGUGGACGUGGACAGGGACGCGGUCGUGGACGUGGACGCGGUCGUGGACGCGGAUGUGGACGGGGACGCGGUCGUGGACGCGGACGGGGACGGCGGACGUGGUCACGUGGUGGACGUGGACGUGGACGUGGUGGACGUGGACGUCGACGCGAUCGUGGACGUGGACGUGGACGCGGACAUGGGCAUGGACGCGGACGUGGACGCGGACAUGGGCAUGGACGCGGACGUGGACGUGGUCGUGGACGUAGACGUGGGUGUGGACGCGGACGUGGACGUGGUCGCGUGGACGUGGGCGUGGACGUGGACGGACGCGGUCGUGGACGUGGACGUGGACGUGGACGCGGACGUGGACGUGGACGAGGACGCGGUCGAGGACGUGGACGUGGACGUGGACGUGGUCGUGGACGUGGUCGUGGACGCGGACGUGGUCGCGGACGUGGGCGUGGACGUGGUCGCGGAGGCGGUCGCGGUCGCGGACGUGGUCGCGGACGCGGUCGCGGACGCGGACGUGGUCGCGGACGUGGUCGCGGACGAGGUCGUGGACGCGGACGCGGUCGUGGACGCGGACGCGGUCGUGGACGCGGACGCGGACGCGGUCGUGGACGCGGACGUGGACGCGGACGUGGACGCGGACGUGGACCCGGACGUGGACCCGGACGUGGACCUGGACCUGGACGUGGUCGUGGACGUCGACGUGGACGCGGACGCGGUCGUGGACGCGGUCGUGGACGUGGUCGUGGACGUGGACGUGGACGCGGACGCGGACGUGGACGUGGACGUGGUGGACGUGGACGUGGACGUGGACGUGGACGAGGUCGCGGGCGUGGACGUGGACGAGGUCGCGGGCGUGGACGUGGACGCGGACGCGGACGUGGACGUGGACGAGGUCGCGGGCGUGGACGUGGACGCGGACGCGGACGUGGACGUGGACGAGGUCGCGGACGUGGUCGUGGACGCGGACGCGGACGUGGACGUGGACGCGGACGCGGACGUGGUCGUGGACGCGGACGUGGGCGGGGACGUGGACGGACGCGGUCCGGACGCGGACGUGGACGCGGACGCGGUGGACGUGGACGUGGUGGUGGACGUGGACGUGGUGGACGUGGACGUGGACGUGGUGGACGUGGACGUGGACGUUGAUGCGGACGUGGACGUGGACGAGGACGUGGACGUGAACGCGGACAUGGUCGUGGACGUGGAUGCGGACGUGGACGUGGACGUCGUGGACGCGGACGUGGACGCGGACGUGGACGCGGACGUGGACGUGGUGGACGUGGACGCGGACCCGGUCGCGGACGCGGACGUGGACGCGGACGCGGACGUGGACGUGGAGGACGUGGUCGUGGACGCGGACGAGGACGUGGAGCACGUGGUCGUGGACGUGGACGUGGACGUGGACGCGAUCAUGGACGUGGUCGUGGACGCGGACGCGGACGUGGACGUGGACGUGGACGCGGACGUGGACGUGGACGUGGACGUGGACGCGGACGUGGUCGUGGACGUGGACGUGGGCGUGGACGUGGACGGACGCGGUCACGUGGUGGACGUGGACGUGGACAUGGUGGACGUGGACGUGGACGUCGACGCGAUCGUGGACGUGGACGUGGACGCGGACAUGGGCAUGGACGCGGACGUGGACGCGGACAUGGGCAUGGACGCGGACGUGGACGUGGUCCUGGACGUAGACGUGGGUGUGGACGCGGACGUGGACGUGGUCGCGUGGACGUGGGCGUGGACGUGGACGGACGCGGUCGUGGACGUGGACGUGGACGUGGACGUGGACGCGGACGUGGACGUGGACGAGGACGCGGUCGAGGACGUGGACGUGGACGUGGACGUGGACGUGGUCGUGGACGCGGACGUGGUCGCGGACGUGGGCGUGGACGUGGUCGCGGACGCGGUCGCGGACGCGGACGUGGACGCGGUCGUGGACGCGGACGUGGACGCGGUCGUGGUCGCGGACGCGGACGCGGUCGAGGACGCGGACGCGGUCGUGGACGCGGACGUGGACGCGGAUGUGGACGCGGACGUGGACGCGGACGUGGACGCGGACGUGGACCCGGACGUGGACCCGGACGUGGACCUGGACGUGGACGUGGUCGUGGACGUAGACGUGGACGCGGACGCGGACGCGGUCGUGGACGCGGUCGUGGACGUGGUCGUGGACGUGGUCGUGGACGUGGACGCGGACGCGGACGUGGACGUGGACGUGGUGGACGUGGACGUGGACGAGGUCGCGGGCGUGGACGUGGACGUGGACGCGGUCGUGGACGUGGACGAGGUCGCGGACGUGGUCGUGGACGCGGACGCGGACGUGGACGUGGACGCGGACGCGGACGUGGUCGACGCGGACGAGGACGCGGACGCGGACGCGGUCGUGGACGCGGACGCGGACGUGGACGCGGACGCGGACGCGGACGCGGAUGCGGACGGGGACGUGGCGGACGCGGACGCGGACGUGGACGUGGACGUGGACGUGGACGCGGUGGUGGUCGUGGACGUGGACGUGGUCGUGGACGUGGACGUGGACGUGGACGUGGUCGUGGACGUGGACGCGGUGGUGGUCGUGGACGUGGACGUGGUCGUGGACGUGCACGUGGACGUGGACGUGGUUGCGGACGUGGACGUGGACGUGGACGAGGACGUGGACGUCGUGGACGCGGACGUGGACGUCGUGGACGUGGACGUGGACGUCGUCGUGGACGUGGACGUGGUGGACGUGGACGUGGACGUAGAUGCGGACGUGGUCGUGGACGAGGACGUGGACGUGGACGCGGACCUGAUCGUGGACGUGGACGUGGACGCGGACCUGAUCGUGGACGUGGACGUGGACGUGGACGUCGCGGACGCGGACGCGGACGUGGACGCCGACGCGGACGUGGAGGACGCGGACGUGGACGCCGACGCGGACGUGGAGGACGCGGUCGUGGACGCGGACGCGGACGUGGAGGACGCGGUCGUGGACGCCGACGCGGACGUGGAGGACGCGGUCGUGGACGCCGACGCGGACGUGGAGGACGCGGUCGUGGACGCCGACGCGGACGUGGAGGACGCGGUCGUGGACGCCGACGCGGACGUGGAGGACGCGGUCGUGGACGCCGACGCGGACGUGGAGGACGCGGUCGUGGACGCGGACGCGGACGUGGAGGACGCGGUCGUGGACGCCGACGCGGACGUGGUGGACGCGGUCGUGGACGCGGACGCGGACGUGGAGGACGCGGUCGUGGACGCGGACGCGGACGCGGACGUGGAGGACGCGGACGCGGACGCGGUCGUGGAGGACGCAAACGAGGACGCGGUGGACGUGGACGCGGACGUGGACGUCGACGUGGUGGACGCGGUCGUGGACGCGGUCGCGGACGCGGACGCGGUCGCGGACGCGGACGCGGUUGCGGACGCGGUCGGGGACGCGGUCGCGGACGCGGACGCGGUCGCGGACGUGGACGUGGACGUGGUGGACGUGGACGUGGACGCGGACGUGGACGUGGACGCGGACGUGGUGGACGUGGACGUGGUGGACGUGGACGUGGACGAGGACGUGGAGGACGUGGUCGUGGACGUGGUCGUGGACGCGGUCGUGGACGUGGUCGUGGACGCGGACGCCGACGUGGACGAGGACGCGGACGUGGUCGUGGACGCGGACGCGGACGCGGACGCGGACGCGGACGCGGACGCGGACGUGGUCGUGGACGUGGACGCCGACGUGGACGCGGACGGACGCGGUCCGGACGCGGACGCGGACGUGGACGUGGACGUGGACGCGGUGGUGGUCGUGGACGUGAACGUGGUCGUGGACGUGGACGUGGACGUUGACGCGGUGGUGGACGUUGACGCGGUGGUGGUCGUGGACGUGGACGUGGACGUGGACGUGGACGUGGUCGUGGACGUUGACGCGGUGGUGGUCGUGGACGUUGACGCGGUGGUGGUCGUGGACGUGGACGUGGACGUGGACGCGGACGUGGACGUGGACGCGGACGUGGACGUCGUGGACGCGGACGUGGACGUCGUGCACGUGGACAUGGACGUCGUGCACGUGGACGUGGACGUGGUCGCGGACGUGGAUGUGGACGCGGACGUGGACGUGGUGGACGCGGACGUGGACGUCGCGGACGUGGACGUCGUGGACGUGGACGUGGACGUGGACGUGGUGGACGUGGACGCGGACGUCGACGUGGACGUGGACGCGGACAUGGUCGUGGACGUGGACGAGGACGAGGACGUGGACGUGCACGUGGACGAGGACGUGGACGCGGACAUGGUCGUGGACGUGGACGUGGUCGUGGACGUGGACCGGUAG